AUGGCUGAGCCUUCGCCGGACAUAGCGCCAGAUGUGGCGAUCGCAUUAUCACGCGUGGAGAACGACAGUGUGAUUUUGGCGCUGUGGCUUCCAAUGGCCAUCUUUGGUCACAUCUUUGCAGGGGUGUUCCUAAUCCAUGGGCUGUUCCUGUACAAGCCUAGCCUCAAACGCAACAGCAAGCGGGCGGCCGGAGGUUCUCCACUACGGGAGGCGGCGUUGGGGUACGACGGUGGUGACGGCGACGGCGACGGCAACGGCACGUCGGGCCCCAGUCAGGUCUCCCUGGAGUGGCGGUCCCUGAGUUUGACCGUCGUGUCCCCUUCCUCCCCCGGGGGGUUGACCCCUGUGUUGCGGGAUGUGGGGGGCAGGGCGCCUGCGGGGGCGGUGACUGCGCUGCUGGGCCCGUCGGGGGCGGGCAAGUCCACACUACUGGAUCUUCUGGCUGUACGGGGAGCAGUGGCCGUACCCGAGGGACAACAACCACCUCAACCGCCACAACCGCCGCAACCACUGGCGCACUCCGGGGCCCUCCAACCCGGCUGCUCCGGUCAAUUCGACGCCUUCCUUCCCCAGCUGACGGUUCGCGAGGCGCUGCUGUUCACGGGUCGCCUGGUGCUGCCGCCUCCUCAGUGCCAGCCGCGGGCUGUAGCGGACCGCUCCGUGGCGGUUGCUACAGCCCUGGGUUUGGCACCCAGCAUGGACAGCCUCGUUGGGGGGGUGCUGCCCGGGGGGCUGCUGCUCAGGGGCCUCUCGGGGGGCGAGCGGAAGAGACUCAGUAUUGGGCAGGGCCUCAUGUCCCGUCCCCGUGUUUUGCUUCUUGACGAGCCUACCAGCGGCCUGGACUCGUUCGCAGCCACCGUGGUGAUGGGGCACGUGGCGGAGCUGGCCCGGGGCCGGGGCGGCAGGGGGGGAGUGACGGUCAUCGCCUCGCUGCAUCAACCCAGAGCGGCGAUAUGGGACAUGGUCAACCAGGUUGUCGUACUCGGUCGUGGGCGGCUGCUGUACUGCGGUCCCCCCAGCGAGCUCCUCCCCUGGUUCUCAGGCCGCCUGGGCUACUGCUACCGACCGGAGCAUCACGGCCUCGUGUCGGACUGGGUCAUGGAUCUGGUAGCGAUGACCGUAAGUGACCCACGGGUCACGGACGCCGUCGCGGCGGCGGCGGUGCCUGCGGCAGAGGCGAAGGCGGCAGUUGCAGCAGGCGCGUCGUGGCAAGCCAUGAAGACGGACGUGGAUGACACCGGAGCGGCGACGGUGGCGACGGCGGCGACGACAGCGAAGAGCCAAGAUCUUGACGACAGCGGCGGCGGCGGCGGCGGUGGCGGAAGUGGUACGGAGUCGAGUUGGGAGGCGCCGUCAGGGCCAGAGGUCAUGGCGACGCUGGCGGAGCUGAACGCUGCCGCUGACGCGUUUGCCAAUGCCGUACUGGCAGUGCCGCCGGCCCCGGGUGUCAGCGCCGGCGUGCCAGACUACGCAAAUGUGCCGCCGCCGCGGCCUCGGAAGUCUGCUGCGGCGGCGCUGGCAGCGGCAGCAGGGCGCUGGGUACGGCAGUACCGCAUGUUGGUGUGGCGGGAGUGGCUCAUUGCCACCCGUAACCCAGCUGACGCGGCGGGACGAAUGCUUACCUUUGUGUGGGUCGCCCUCUUCGCGGCCUUCCUGGCGUACGAUCUGGAGUCUGACGCCACCAGCAUCUUCCUUCGCUCCACGCUGCUGUUCGCGAUGGUGUUCUUCUUUCUGGUGAUGCCCUUUGUCUUCAUGAGCCUCUUCGCGGCAGGAGAAGAACUCCCUGGUCGCGUGAAUUGCUUUCACACAAGCGGUUCUAUUUAUUGGAGGCCUCAGCUGCGAGGCGGGGUUGGGGGGCUGUACGACCCGUACGGCAUGAUCGGGUACCGACACAGCGUGCUGGCCGCCGUACAAAACACGACGUGUGCCGUACUGAUGUCGCUGAUCUCUCUGCAAUUCAUUCAGUUCGCUGUGGCGAUCACGCCUAAUCAGGACUUGGCCUUCUGCACAUCCGUGGGCUUCGUGGUGCUCAACCUGCUGCUGAGUACCCAGUUCCUUGGGACCUUACCGUACGGCAAAUCAUUAAAUCCCGUACGACACCGUACGAACCCAAAUGCAGUCAAGCUCUUCUUUUCCUGGAUCCGCCGUCUUCGCGCCCUCUCUGCGCUCGACCACUCCUGGCGGGGCCUUAUGUGGGCCGAGUUUCAUAACCGUGCCUUCGAGUGCGGCCCCGCGGGAACCCCGGGUUUCCUGGGUACGGAUGCGCUCGGGUUGCUUCCAGAGUUCCUGCCCGACAACAGGAGGUUCAGAAUGAUUGCGGUUGGCAUGACGCAGUCGUACGACAACUGUGUCGUAGACACCAACGCGUUGCUAUCCAACUUUGGCAUCAACGUGCCCGUCGGUACGACAGUGGGCUACCUGUUCGCCUACUGGGCGGUCCUGCAUCUCAUCACGUACCUCUCCCUACGACAUGCCGUAUCGCACAAGGCGGGUUCUGCAACUGCCGUCGCAGCCGCCGCUGCUGCCGGCGGCUUGUUGAGCCGGCUGCGUAGGGCGGUUGGUGCAGGGGGUGGCCGGUAG